UUAGUGGAGUUACAAAACAAGACACACCUUAACCAGGUAGAAACGAAAGUAAAAGAAGAGGAAGAAGAGACGCCAUUCCGAGGCUUUAAACAUGUUAACAUUGGGUGAUUAAACAGCCACAUAUUUAGAGCCCUUGCCUUGCCCUGCCCAAUCCAGUUGGUCAUGUUUCCCCCACGGGGUAGUUUUGUUUAAUAAAAAGCCCAUCUCUGCAUUCUUGUGUCCUCAUCUCAUCCCUUCGCCCACACCCUGACAGUAGAAGAACACUAAAAUGAGUUUACCCUCUGGAUCCAGUGAUGGAACAGUGACCUCUGACCCCAGUAUCAGCAGGAGGAAGAGUCAGAGAUCAGAGUCUCCAGAUCCCAGCGGUGUUUCUCUGAAGAGUAACAAAUCCAUGACGCCACCCCUUGAAUUCUGUGAUGAACCAGUGACCUCUGACCCUUUCAGGGGGGAGAUACCUGGUCUGAUCAGAUCUGAGCCAUCCUCUACAUCCCACUGUCAGACUCACAUCAGGCAGGACAAAACUGAAGCAGUCCUGCAGACACACACACUGGAGACUGAAGACCUGCAGAGAGUCAAAGACCAGCACAAAACCAGCAUGAAGAACAAGUAUGAGAGAUUAUUUGAGGGAACCAAACUCCAAGAGAAUGAAACCCUCCUGAACAGGAUCUACACACAGCUCUACAUCAUAGAGGGAGAGAGAGAAGGAGUGAAUGAAGAACAUGAGGUUUUACAGAUGGAGAAAACAGCUAGAACACAACGCUCACAAGACACUCCAAUCGACUGCAGUGACGUCUUUAAAGCCUCACCUGAACCAGGAUGUGAGGAGAAAGACCAAAUCAAGACUGUUCUUACUAAAGGCAUUGCUGGAAUUGGAAAAACCGUCUCUGUGCAGAAGUUCAUUCUGGACUGGGCCGAGGGAAAAGCCAAUCAGGAUGUAGAUUUAAUGUUUGUGCUUCCAUUUCGAGAGCUGAACUUGAUCCGAGAUCAUCAGUACAGUCUUCACAGACUUCUGUUGGACUUUCAUCCUGAACUUCAAGAUCUGGACUCAAAGAUUUAUGAGGAGUGUAAAGUUGUGUUCAUCUUUGAUGGUCUGGAUGAAAGCAGAAUCACAUUGAUGUUUUCAGAUGCUCAGAAAGUUUCUGAUGUGACAGAGACUUCAUCAGUGGGUGUGUUGAUGUCAAACCUCAUGAAAGGAGAGCUGCUUCCCUCUGCUCUCAUCUGGAUCACCUCCAGACCAGCAGCAGCCAAUCAGAUCCCCUCCAAAUACAUCAACCGUCUGACAGAGAUUCAGGGAUUCAAUGAGCCUCAGAAGAAGGAAUAUUUCAGGAAGAGAAUCAGUGAUGAGCAUCAAGCCAGCAGAAUCAUCUCACACAUCAGAAGAGCAAGAAGCCUCCACAUCAUGUGCCACAUACCUGUCUUCUGCUGGAUCUCAUCCACUGUGCUUCAAAAGCUCCUGAAAGAAGAUCUGAGUGCAGAAAUCCCUCAAACUAUGACUGAAAUGUACAUCCACUUCCUGCUGAUUCAGAUCAACAUGAGGAAUCAGAAGUAUGAAGAGAGAGAUCCAGAGAAACUGCUGCAGUCCAACAGAGAAGUGAUUGUGAAACUUGCUGAAGUGGCUUUCAAACAGCUGAUGAAGGGCAAUGUGAUGUUCUAUGAGGAGGACCUGAGAGAGAGCGGCAUAGAUGUCACUGACGCCUCAGUGUAUUCUGGGAUUUGCACUGAGAUCUUUGAGGAAUCUGUGAUUCAUCAGAGGAAAAUCUACAGCUUCAUUCAUCUGAGCGUUCAGGAGUUUCUUGCUGCUUUCUAUCUGUUUUACUAUUAUGUAACAAAAAAUGUUGACAGAUUGCAGUUUUGUGAUGUGAUGCAUAAUCUGCAUAGGGAUGCAACAGAUAGAGCUCUUGAGAGUGAGAACGGACACCUGGAUCUGUUCCUGCGGUUCCUGCUGGGCGUCUCACUGGAGUCCAAUCAGAGACUCUUACAGGAUCUACUGACACACACAGAGAACAGCUCAGAGAGCAUCAGGAGAACCACACAGUACAUUAAAGAGAAGAUCAAAGAUGGACAUGGACUCUCCACUGAAAGAUCCAUCAAUCUGUUCCUCUGUCUGCUGGAAGUCAAAGAUCAGACUCUGUCCAGAGAGAUUCAGGAGUUUGUGAAAUCAGACAAACACUCAGAGAAGAAACUCUCUCCUGCUCACUGCUCAACAAUCGCCUACAUGCUUCAGAUUUCAGAGGAGGUGCUGAAUGAGCUGGACCUCAAGAAAUACAACACAUCAGAUGAGGGUAGAAGAAGACUGAUACCAGCUGUGAUCAACUGCAGAAAAGCCCUUUUUGCUGGCUGUGAUCUCACUGCUCAGUCAUGUGAAAUUGUAUCAUCAGCUCUUAAAUCCCCACGCUCUGUCCUGAGAGAGCUGGAUCUGAGUAACAAUGACUUAAAGAAUUCAGGAUUGAAGAUUAUUUCUGAUGGACUGAAGAGUCCAAACUGUCAGCUGCAGACACUGAGGUUGUCUGGCUGUUUGGUGACAGAGGAAGGUUGUGGUUAUCUGUCUUCAGCUCUGAGUUCAAACCCCUCACACCUGAGAGAGCUGGAUCUGAGCUACAAUCACCCAGGACAAUCAGGAGUCCAGCUGCUCACUGACAGACUGAAUGAUCUAAACUGCUCACUGCAGAUACUCAAUUUGGAUCAUGGAGGCCAAUUCAGAAUGACUCCAGGAUUGAGAAAAUAUGCGUGUGAUCUCACACUGGAUCCAAACACAGCACACACUCGUCUCAUUCUGUCUGAAGAGAACAGGAAGGCAACAUAUGCAGAAAAGCAUCAGCCGUAUCCAGAUCAUCCAGAGAGAUUUGAGCACCAGGAGCAGGUUCUGUGUCGAGAGAGUCUGACUGGGCGCUGUUACUGGGAGGCUGAAUGGAGCGGAUAUAAGGCUGAUAUAGCAGUGGCAUAUAAAGGAAUCCACAGGAAAGAAGGGAAUGACAGUUGGUUUGGAUACAAUGACAAAUCCUGGAGUCUCUUCUGCUCUGGUAAUGGAUUCACUGCCUGGCACAAUAAUAUGAGCAAAAACAUACCAGCUCCUUCAUCCUCUAAUAAAGUAGGAGUGUAUGUGGACGUGUCGGCCGGCACUCUGUCCUUCUACAGCGUCUCUGACACACACACACUCACACACUUACACACAUUCAACACCACAUUCACUGAAGAACCCCUUUAUUCUGGAUUCAGGGUUCAUGAUGCCUCUGUCACAGUGUCAUAUUUAACAACCUGCUGAGGAACAACUGAGACACACACACAAACUGUCUGCUUUUUCAAGCAGUUUCAAUUUUUUUGGUUUUCGUCUUUGUUUUAAAACAAAGAUACUGGUCCUUGUGCUUGAGGUACUUUGUGUUGUUUUGUGUGUUGUUGUCGUUCACGCACGCACGAAACUACUACAAUGGUACCUCAACGUUUAACAGAUGUAAACCAAUGAGGCAAGAAAAACUUAAAAAGCAUAUUCAUAUAUUGUAAAACUUCUGGUUACAAGAGCCUAAAAUUACAAGCACAAUAAACCUCACAAGAAUCGAAAAUGGGCUACUUUUCAGUGCGCAAAAACUCGUUAGUAAGCUACAAAAAUGAACUUGGAGAGGACCAUUUUGCUAAAUAUACGCACUGUAGGCUAUUGCAUAUCCCUUUUGUUUGUACUUAACGUGCUUCAAUAUUGAACGUAUGUUUGAAUAAAUCUGUUUUAUGACAGCCACCAUUUAAAUGUUUAUAUAGGCUAAAAAAUGAGUACAAACAUAAUUAUGUCUUUAAAAAUGUAUUAUAACAUUAUUAUAAAAACCUCUUUUUGGGUAAUUUAUAUGUAAGUAGCUUACAAAUCGAUUAAUUUUAACCUUAAAUAAUAUAAUGUACCAACUGUUGUUCCCUGUAUAGUUUACAGCAUUAGUUGAGAUAUUUUUUUUCUUUGAGGAAAUUUGCAUGUAGGGGAGAGCGGGGCACAACCUAAUGCUUUUUGACUUUCUCAGUUUGUGUAAAUCUACUUAUGGUUCAGGGAAUUUCUUUUGUUCCACAUUAAUUUCAUACAUAUCUGGUUGAAAUAUGUGGCUUUGUUUCAUUAAUACAGUGUAUACCUUUUUCUUUAUUUACCCCGAAAGAAGGGAAGUGAAAUGUGACAACAUGCCCCAAAGGUGGGGCACGUUGUAACAUGACCAUUAUGACAGCUAAACAUUUUAUCUGACUUAAUUAAAAAAAUAUACAUGACAAACUAAAAUAUUUUGUCAAUAAAAGAUAAUAAUUAUUUUUUCAUAUAAAAUAAUAGCAUUUUUUUUUUUUUUUAGAAAUUUAAAUAAUUUUGUAGUUUGACAAUGAACACUCUGUAAAACACAGCUAUACAGCACUGGUCAAAACAAUACACCCAGAUGAAGAAACAUAUCCAGACAUUCAGAAAAACACAGAGCUGAACAAAAACACUCCUCUCCCUCCACUCACAGCUCUCACAGAACGAGAUAAAUACACGAGCCAGUACAAAUGCUGAUCAUCCAGAAAUAAUAUUUUCUGGAUGUUCAGGUUCUUCCUCUCAGUCUUUAUUCACUUUUUUUUCUUCCAUAGUUUGUCAACAAAAAUUCAUAAAAGUUAAUUACCCAGGUGAAAAAAAAGUACACUUCUAUAAUGUACUUAAAGUGCUAAAUACAGAGAUAGUAUAUUAAAAGCACAUUUUAGUUCAUAUUUCAUGGUGUCUCAAAAUAGCACAAUUGAGUACACUUAGAUGUUCUUAAGAUUAUCUUAAGAAGUACUAAAGAACAAUUUUUAGUAUAUUAAGUAUAAAAUUAGUGCGUGAAAAUAGAGCACUUUAAGUACAUUAUAGAAGUGUACUUUUCACCUGGGUAUGCCAGUUGUAUCGUAACUGAAUAGAACAGUAGUUCUAGUAGCGGGGCAGAUUGUAACGCGGUGUUACAACGAACCCUCUCUGCGCAACUGGAAUUUAAACCUGGUUAGUGUCUUCUGCUAGUUAGUGAAGCAUUAAAGAACUAUCUAAACUGCUAAACAACAGAUAUGAGUUUAAAAUAAUAUCAGAUUUGUCUAAUUUGGAAAAAAAUAUAGAUGAAAAAUUAGCUUAAGAAAUUUACUUUUGCUAUUGUUAAAUGUUCAGUGAUAUCUUACAAAGAUUUUUGAAUUUUGCCCGAUUUUUUUCUCUAUAUAUUGUCGAUAUGGCAACUAGUAAAUACGCUAAGUUUCUUCAUGCUAGCGUGUGUGGAAGUAUUUAAACGACGUAUGUUACAACUAACCCUGCGUUAGUUUGUGCCCCGUGCUUGCCUACUGUACCUUAUAAGGCCCCAAAUUAAUCAAUAUUGAAUCAAAGGUAAUCAAAUCAAAAUCAAAUUGCAAGCUCCUGAAUCGAAAUCGAAUCCAAUUGUGAAAUUUGUCAAUGCCCAGCCCUAGUGGCAAUAGUUUUAUUUAUUUAUUUAUUACUUGAAGCAAAUGUUGUUUUUUCCAUUUAUUUUCUUGUCAGAGUGCACCAAAAUGCUUUGUUUACAUGUUAAAAUCACAAAAAUUUCUCAUGGGGGAGGAUGCACCCAAACCCCCCUACAACUAUUUAAUUUGUCACCUUUUUCACGUCUUUUGUGUUUGCAGGUCUGUACAUUAAGUCCUUGAAUUUGAGGGUAUUGGACCUGGAAAGUUCUUGAAAGGUCCUUUAAUUUAAAGUUAACCAAGGUGUGGGAACCCUAUUAGCUUUGAGGUCAUGUACAUCCUAAUGCACUUCUUACAGUGGUCUGUCUGCACAUGUUCACUUGAAUUCAGCAGUGGCCAUUCACAUGACUGACAUUCACCCAUCUGACUUCAGCAGCGCAGCACAGUGAUGGGCGUCAGUUAACGACUGCUGCAAUAUUUCAUAGACUGCUGAAAAUAAUGUGAGACAGCUUUUAUUAUCAACAAAUAUAUUCGUAUGUGAAGGUAUAAAUACAUUAAACUUGAUGUUAACUACUGUUAAGAUGGUUACAAGAAGGACAUAAGAAAAACUCCAUAAUAUGAAGGCUUAAUAAGCCAGUAAAAUUAUUCUGUAUUUAUCAAUAUUUGUGUUAAUAUAUUUUAAUAUAUAUUUUUUUUUUUUUUAUGUGUGAAAUGCUAUUGAAACCUAAAUCAUUAAUCAUUUAAUCAUAUAAAUCAUGAAAUGUUACUCAGAGCAUAUUCUUUCACAAGAAAUUCCCACUGAAUCAUUCCCUGGGAUCUGUAAUUGUCUCAAUCUUUCACGUCUCAUGAGUUUACUUUUGUGAAAACUAUAUAUUUACAUAGUUUUCUUUUUUGUUCUUUAAAGGCAAAUUUCAAGUGGCAAAAUGCACAAUGCAAAUCUCAAUAGGAAUCCACGCGAUCAGGAAUUUUUGUGUGAUGGUAAAAAAAAAAAAAAAAAAAAAAACUUCCCCACGUGGAUUUAGAUUUGGUUUCAAGCUUGUUGAAUUUUAAACAUGCGAAUGUACCGUAACUCUAAUGCUGCAUUGACCCAUAAAACUGUUUUGUGACCUCUGUCCGAGCGGUGCUGUGUGCUUCACAAUGGAUCUUUAACAUUUCAUUUUGGCAAAUAUUUUAUGCACAUUAAUCCAUUCAUUUCAGGUGCCUGUGACUUUUGACUGAGAAAACCUCUAAUGUAAUGUAUAAAUAAGCUAAAUAAAUCCAAUGACAUUUCAUGAAAA